CGACAAACGAAUUGGCGAGAAGGGGUUUCGAGGCACAUUGCAACUGUCGAUACGCGUGCAGUUCCCAGCAUAAUGGGGUGGCAACUCUCGUCGACCUCGUCGAGAAAUGCCGUGCUCGCGUGGACACGACCCAUCAAGGCAGACGCAAUCGUCGUCCUCAAGCGCUACGUCCGACGACCGGUGCUCGUCUUUUGCUUGCUCAAGCAUGCGCUCUCGGCGAUCUAUUUUGGCUUGACGGUCGGGUCCUUGCUGACCAUCACGCCAACGGAGGCGCAGACUGUCCAAGUCUACUCGGUGCCCGCGUCCACUGUCGCUAAUAUCGCGCUACUUCUCGCGCAUCUCUACUCCAUCGGCCCACUACUGUGCCUUUUGCAUUCGCAACGACGCCUCCAUCUUCGCCCGUCGUCUCGGUUUCUGUGGCUGGAGACGCGCACCGCGUCCUGUGUGUUUCAAGCGCUCGAGCUUGGCAUGCAGUCGUUCCAAGCGUGGCGGCUCUCGUUCUACGUCACGUCUAUGACGGUCGUGUGUGUCUACACGAGUUGCAUUGCGCUCAACUGCCUCGUCUCCCCACUGCUCUUGACGUCGCGGGCGCCUUUUGUCCACAAGACACUCCGUCUCUUUUUAAACGGCGUCCUCGGGUUUACGCUCUACACGGCCUUUCCGCUGCUCGACUUGGCGCCUCGCAUUUACGCCAAAAAGUUCCAGCCGAUUGCGAUCGCGUCGCAGCUGCGCAACGACGCGAGCUGGCUCACGAUGACAACGCUCGGCAUGCGCGGGUACAUUAGCAACACGCUCAUGAGCCUCAUCUGCAAGGUGCUUUUGGGGGCCUUGAACAUUUGGACCAUGCAGCUGCUGGCACAGUCGGUCCUCCAAAUGUCCCCCCGCGCCCGUGCGUGUGCCAUCACGGCCCCACCAUGCCCCCCCGCCGCUAUUGCGCCGCACAACGAAAAGAUGGCAUCCCGCCUCGUGUCCUUGUCCGAACUUCAGCAGUACUGGAACCGAAACCUCACGCGCCCAGCCAAAGCCAUCUGCCUCGCGCUUAUUUUGUGGGGACUCGUUCUCAUCGCCAAUAUCAUAUGGCUCCUCGGUUUCAAGAGCGUGUGUCCGUCGACGUGCAAGGUGGCCGUGACACCGCUCCUUCGACACGUCUCCUGCUACUGCGCGUACGCUCACGUGCACUGCCCAACGACGACUACCAACGACGACGAUGGCGGCGUGGCGUAUCUGCAGUCGCAGCUCGCGCCGCUGGGAACCCGCCUCUUUUACCUUGAGAUCGACCACUGCCCGCUGCCGCAUGGCGUUCCCGCGCACGUCCUCGCCCCCUUCGCCAAGCUAUUUGCCUUGCGCGUGCUCUUCUCCAACAUGACGUCGUUUGAUGGUGUUGAUCUCCCGUCGUCGCUCAUGGUCCUCGAGCUCCGGUAUAAUGCAUUCACCAUCGCGCCCACGGUCGUCACGACUGCAUUACCGCCGAUGCUACUGUGA